AGGGACCCCUGACCCUUUGGGGCCUAAAAGUCUCUUAAAGACUCGCACGCUUUUGCAGUUUCUCAGCGCUGAUGAUGCCGAGGCCGGCGGCAAAGCCACAUUGCCCGCGUUCUCCCUCUCGCUACAUAUACAAACGCACGCAUUGCUCUCUCCAUUGACCACUGUCCACUGGGCAUGCUCCACUAGAUUAGAUAGGUUGAUUAAGCCGGCCCGGACCUCGUCUCCUUCAUAUCUCUCUCACACUCCUGCUGGUGGUGCUGGCAAUGGGAGCGUGCGCCACGAAGCCAGGUGACCUCAAGGUCAAGGGAGAGGCGCCGCUGGUUGUGGAGGACGCCGCGGCGGUGCCGGUGGUGGUGGCAGGCGAGGAGAAGGCGAAGGCCGACGGGGUGGUCCCGGCGGCCGCCGAGGCCGACCCGGCUGACGCCAGCCGCCGGAGGUCCCUCAGCGACCUGCUCAAACAGGAUGCAGCGACUAGCGAUGGAGAGGCUGAUCAGGAGGCAGGGAAGGUUGUGGCUGUGGAACCAGAGGGCGACGACGCCGGAGCAACGACGGUAGCACAAGCACCAGUCCAGGCCUCAGCCGCAACCGAGCAGCAGGACGACGCGGCCGGCGAGCUGAAGGACGAUCCGCAUGGCGACGUGCAGGCGGAGGACGAAGAAGAGAAGCGCGUCGAUCCUGACUCGGUCCAAGUUGUUGUUCCUCCUCCUGCUGCUGAUGCUGCUGCCCCAAGUGCCGAGGGAAGCAAGGUUGCUGAUGAUGCCUCCGCCUGAAGAAAAAAGAAAGGACAUUGUCUUGCAAUUCUUUCUCUGUUUUUUUGGGUGGGGUAGUUCGGUUUAAUGGCGUGGCGUGAGAUUGAGAGCCUGUGCUUGCAAGCUUAUCUGGAGCACUGGGACUUGGGAGGACAGUUGUUGUGGACCAGGGUGUGCAUCGCUGGAUUAUGUUGCUGUUUAAACAGAUUUUUCUAGGAGUA